AUGUCAGCUUCGCUGUCAUCCUCUUUUGUUCCACCUCCUUCACUGAGUCCAGUGUGCGUGUCUUUGGUGUGCCUGUUGCUCGGUGGUGCGGGCGCUGCACCCGCCUGCACGGACGAGCGGGCCGGCUGUCACUUCCUGUCCCUGGCCGACCUGUUCGACAGGGUCAUCCAGCACUCGGCCCGGAUGCACGGUAUUUCAAGUGACCUGCACUCUGAGUUGGAGCAGUACUUCCUUUCUAGUAAGAAUCAAAUCGGCCGGGUCAGUCGUAACUGCCACACCUCCGCCAUCCUCACCCCCAAUGGCAAAGAGAACGCCCAGAGGAUGACGAGGGAGGAGCUGGCCGAGGUGGUCCUCAAGCUGCUGCUGGCCUGGAGGGAUCCCGUCUGGCACUUCCAGCACAGAGUGUCCCAGGACCGAGACUUCCACAGCUUCAGCUCCACCAAAGCUCGGGAACUGAGUGACAUGGUCCGUGAACUCCACAAGGGUGUCCAGAAGGUGGCUGAGAAGAUGCAGAUGUUGGGGAUCAUCAGUAACUCCAUCAGCACUUUAACAUCUCCUGAAGCUCGCUUGGCAUCUGAGUGGCGCCUCAUGAAGAAUUAUGAGCUCCUCUACUGCUUCCGCCGAGACUCCAACAAAGUCCAGAACUACCUGAAGAUCCUAAAGUGUGGACUUGUUCCAGAACACGGGUGCUGAAAGAUAA